CAGUGCAAAACAAAAACAAGGAAAAACAAAUCUACUUCUUCGUAUCUUGGCUGUAAUUUUCGUCUGUCUUGCGUAAAUGAAAAAUUAUCAUUGACGACGAUUCGGUUUUGUCUUGCUAUAUUCCUAUGGUGAUCAGACGGAUCAGACGAUUACCGCGCCUGAGAAGAAGCACAAGAGGAAGAGCUUUUGUUGGUGCAAGAGGACCUGAGCCCACUUUCGGAGUACUGCACAUCAAAAAAGAGAAAGUUUAAUGUCACAAUUAGAAUUGACCAUCAAUCACUAUUCAGAAGUAAAAAAAUGUUUUGAAUUUUCUCAUGAAAAUGCUAUUCUGUGAUUCGAGUGACCGUAUCAAACGUAUGAUAACCUAAAAUAGCUGUUUGCAUGGAAAAGGAUCAAUAAUACAGUAAACCUGCGCGGGAAUAAAUGAUUGUCGUUUUCAUCGAAGAUUAUUCAUUCUGUAACAUCUCGAUUCGAUUGAAAGGAAAACGAAUAUUCCAUUCACUGCCACAGAAAAAAAACUGCAUAGACUGUUGAACAGGAGAGAGCAUAAUGAGUCUGUCGCGGUUGUUACCAUUUCAUUUAUCAACUUCUCAGAAGGUGAUAGUAAUAUCGGUAACAGCAGGUGUCGCCGUCUUAGGAGUCAUUGCAAGUUAUCUUGGUCGACGUAGAACAUCUAAACCACAACAGCGACGGCUGAGGAAGCCGGGAGGCAGAAAAGCUCGUAAUAGUGUUCGCAGUCCAAACGACAUUAUUUCCCUUGCUGGAUCAAAAGCCUCUGGUCGGUCAUACAGUCCAGGUGGUUCUAUCCAUGGUGUUUCAGAUCGAUUGUCCUUGGCUUCCGGUUCACUGGCAGUUAGUGGAUCGGGAAUGAAUGCGGGACAAGUGAUUGGUGCUUCAACACCACUGACUCCUCAGCAACUGGGCGUAAUGGGAAUGGAAGCUUUGGAUUCAGUCAUCAGCUACUGGGAAGAGGCAUUGGCAGGAAGAAAUGAUAUUGACAUACCGAGCAGAAUAACGGCGGACCAAGAAGAGUUUUGCAGGGAAUUACAAAAUUUGUUAGAUGCUGCAUAUAAUCUCCAAGAACAGGGAGAACUGCUAUUUCUAGACGAACGAUCGGUACUCUUCAGAGAUGAAGAAAACAGAAAAACAAACACAGGAUUGCUAUCCAACGGGCAUCGGUCCGGUUCGGAUCCUAAUUUUGAUUCCGCCGAAAGUUUUGCUUCAGCGUUAGAUCAGGUGGCGGAUCUUCGCGAAUUCGAAGACUACGGAGAGGUCUUCUCAGACGUAGAAAACUAUCCUCUAUAUCAGGAUGCUUUGGAACUUCUAAACGAUAACCCCAUUCCCUGUCGAACAACUCGAACCGACAUGGUCGGUUGCACAUCUGAUUCGGAGCAUUUUGCAAAACUGCACUGUAUACGGCUGGCCUUUCAAUUCUUAUUUAAGGAUCCAAAAAACAGCCGCUGGGUAGCCGAUUCCGGCCGCCAAGUGUUAACAGAUUUACUGUGUCUGGGAGACAAGGAUCCGAAGGAUUUUCUGGUUGCGUACGAGUCAAUGUUGGAGUUUCUGCAGAAUGCAGACAAUUGGCCCGCCAUAGAGCUAGAGCUGUAUUCAUGCAAUGUGAAAGCAAUAACUUUCUACGACGUGGUGCUCGAUUUCAUAAUUCUUGAUGCAUUUAGAGAUCUCGAUUCACCCCCAAAUAGUGUUCUUGCCGUCAUCAAUAAUCGAUUCCUGUCCAAUAGUUUUAAGGAGACGGCACUUACGACGGCCGUUUGGUCUGUGCUCAAGGCAAAGAAGCGAUUGCUGAAAUUUCCCAGUGGAAUCAUGUCACACUUCUACUGCAUUACAGAGCAGCUAUCUCCCUUGAUGGUUUGGGGAUUUUUUGGGCCCGAUGAGGAUCUCAAAGAGGUGUGUAAAUACUUCAAAGAUCAAAUGAUGGGAUUCAUGGUGGACAUUUAUAAUUUCCAAAAAUGUCGCUACACCACCGUUGAAGAGUUAGCUGAAGACAUCCUGUCGAACAUGAGAAUGAGAGUGAACAACAUAGGCGUUAAGUUCAAUCAAUAACCAGUAAUAUUUUAUUGGUGGUUGUUUUUGAUUUUUUUUUGUUUUGUUAAAUUGGGUUAUGUCAUAUCAUGUUUAUGAAAUAAUUUUAUUAUACAGACGAACAUACACAAAAUAUAGAUAAUAUGUUCAUGUCAGUGAAAAGUAAAAUAAGUCUGGUGAUUUUAAUAGGGUAGUUAGUAGUCCACAAAAACGUAGAGUACCUUCUCGUAAAAUAUAAGUUUAACUCUGAAAUAAAAUAA